AUGGUGCGCAUGAAUGUCCUGGCUGAUGCCCUCAAGAGCAUCAACAAUGCCGAAAAGAGAGGCAAACGCCAGGUUCUUAUUAGACCGUGCUCCAAAGUUAUCGUCCGGUUUCUAACUGUGAUGAUGAAGCAUGGUUACAUUGGCGAAUUUGAAAUCAUUGAUGAUCACAGAGCUGGGAAAAUUGUUGUGAACCUCACAGGCAGGUUAAACAAGAAUGGUGUUCUCUUUACUAACAAUCCUACUGGUUUUGCUGGCAUGGUCUGUGUCUUUGAGUGUGGAGUGAUCAGCCCCAGAUUUGAUGUGCAACUCAAAGAUCUAGAAAAAUGGCAGAAUAAUUUGCUUCCAUCUCGUCAGUUUGGGUGA